AUGUCAGUAGUUCAUCCAGAUACAUCAAACUAUGCUUUCAAGUUUGAACCCUUUCUAAGACAGGAAUACUCGUUCUCACUAGAUCCAGAUCGCCCCGUUUGCGAAUUUUAUAACUCGAGAGAAGGCCCCCAAUCGUGCCCAAGAGGUGCAGCAUGUCCCAAAAAACAUGUGUUGCCCAUUUUCCAAAACAAAAUUGUAUGCAAGCACUGGCUGCGAGGACUGUGCAAAAAGAACGACCAGUGUGAGUAUUUGCACGAGUACAACUUGCGUAAAAUGCCCGAAUGUGUAUUCUUCUCAAAGAAUGGCUACUGUACACAGACACCAGAGUGCCAGUAUCUGCAUUUAGAUCCACAGGCGAGAAUAGCCUUAUGCGAAGAUUAUACGAUGGGAUUUUGUGCACUUGGAGCGCAAUGUAAGAAACGACACGUCAAGAAAACACUGUGCCCCCGGUAUAUCACUGGAUUUUGUCCAUUGGGUCGCAGAGAAUGUGAUAUGGCACAUCCAAAUUUUGUAGUACCCAGCAAGAUAAGUCGAGCCUGGAUCAAGAAGGAUGAAGAGAUAAAUACAAGAAAAUCGGAUGCGGAAAAGGAAAAGAGACUGAAUGCAAUCAUCAAUGGUGAAAUUGAGAUAUGA